AUGGGACUUCUUGGAGAAGCCGAAUUUCUUGAGGCGCUGCGGCGCCUCUACGAGAACAAUAGGAGCAAGAACAGCGGAUCUGUGUGGAUCACUUUCAAGAGGACAUUUCCCGAGGUCGGUGGUUCUCGCGGGGUCAAACGGCGGCGUAAGCUGCACAGUUGCGAGGAGCGGCCUGAAGCGACCCCCGUCUGUCUCGUGCGAGCAACUGACGGAAAGAAGAAGAUAUCUGUCCAGGUCGAAGGGGAGAGGGCCUCUAGGUUCAGUGAACAACUUUUGGGGAUCUCCCGCCACUACACCGACCAAGUGAAACCUACGUCGCCUGCGGCGAUUAAAGGAAAGCAACGGAAACAGCAACAGCAGCCGAACACUCAGCGACAGCUGUCUCAGAAGGGGACCGACCCAGUGGAACGUACUUCGCCUGGGGCGGCUAAAGGAAAGCAACAAAAACAGCAACAGCAGCCGAACACUCAGCGACAGCUGUCUCAGAAGGGGACCGACCCCGUGGAACGUACUUCGCCGGGGGUGGCUAAAGGAAAAGAACAGAAACAGAAUCAGCAACAGCAGCAGAACACUCAGGGGCGGCUGUCUCAAAAGGGGAAGAAAAGGAAGAAACACGAACAAAGCAAUAGCUCGUUUAAGCGAGAAAUGUAG